GUUUUUUUUGUUUUUUGUUUUUUGUUUUUUGUUUUUUUUCUCUUUCAGACUGACACAUCAUCAAACAGUUCUUGAAUUCUCCUGUCCCCUUUCUUCUGAUUCCAAAUUCCUCUGUUUCUAAAUAAAAACCUGUAGUCCCACGUAUUUAUAGAAAGGACUAGCAUAUCGUAGUCGUAAAACCACUUGGCCAAUCGGGUAACAGCAGCUCUAGCAUCCUCCAAGUUGUGAUAUUAACACAUAUAUCAUCGCUCCAUCCACAGCACCAUCAACACUAUCUUGCUCUCUCUGUUCUGCUUCCUUUGGUUGUUUGCACUCAGCGUGGUUCUCAAGGUUAGCUGUUCUUCCUGGGCCCAAUGUCGUCCCUCCACAAUGCUCCUGUUUCAAACGAGCCAGAUCUUGCCAGCUCCACCCCAACCACUGCUCCAACCACUGCUCCAACAACUCCCAUGGAACAAAAAAUGCCCAUUCCAACAAUAAGUGUGGUCUCUGAUGCUGUUGUAAACGACAGAAACCUAAGAACAAAAUACAGUUUGCCUGAUUUGCUAAAUUCCUAUACACAUUCUUCUGCUAUUGAGGAAAGUCCUACGACUGCCAAUUCCGCUGAGAUUCAAAAUAGCUCCAAGAAAAAUUUCACCAAAAACAACAAAAGCAUCUCUUCUGUCUCUAAUAUCAAUGAUGGUAUAGGUUACAAAUACCAUUCAAGCAAUAAGGCAAUGAGACCUAAAUCCAUGUAUAAUAUUCUCGACUUCACUUCUCUUCAAGAUUCAGACCCAGCUGUUUCAAUAAAAGAUUCGAGCAAUUUUCAAUCACUAAAUACAUUUUCUGGGUUGUCUCCUGCUGUUGCCUUCAAUAGUAGUCCCAAGAAUAGACCUUCGCUUUAUCCAAAGAAUUCCCUAAGCUCAUUGAAGUAUAUCCCUCCUCCUCCUUCUUUGCCAAUUAGCUCAAACUCAAAAAAUAACUCUCCUGAAAAUUCAAGACCAAGCUCUCCGAUGAAAUCUUCCACUUUCAGUUCUUCUCCCAAAAUAAGAAAGAAAAACUCUUUCAAUAGUGUUUCCAUUAAUAAUUCUUUGCCAAUAGAUUAUAAACCGUUCAAUUAUCAAUCCAAAAAUGUCAUGAUGAAUAAUAGUAACUUUUUACAAAAGCCUUCUCAUAGAAAGGGUCAUAGAUAUAAACAUUCUUCCGUUUCUAUGAAUUUUUUUCAAGAGCCUAAGUCUAGAAAACCCUUAAAUAUAGCGAUUUCUUUACCAAUACCCAAUGUUAAAGAAUUUAUUGAAUCAAUGACUUUUGAUCAAAAGACUCUGGUAAUAAUGACAAUAAUUCAUGUAGUAUUUGCCGGUAUUUGUUUCUUAGUUGGUUUUAAUUUUGAUUUAUUAGAUCUAUCAAUAUUAUCUCAUUUAGUUUUUUUUGAUUCAAUUAACAAUUUUGUUGUUUGUUUAGUCAAUAUCUUUAAAAAUUUCGAAGUUUGGAAUAAAGCUUCAAUAAAAUUUCCCUUUGGUUUAUCAAGGUUGGAAUUAAUUGCUGGUUUUGCUCUCAGUAUCUCGUUAUGUUACACGGGAUUUGAUUUAUUUACCCACAUUUUUGAAGAAUUUGUAAUAAGUAUUAUAAGUGCUGAUAUGAAUCAUAGUCAUCAUUCUCAUGGAUUUUCAAGUUCUUCUGUCUCAAAUCAAAAUAUCGAGGAUCGAUUAAAUGACAUCAAUAAUAAUGUCAUUGAUAUUAACGAUAUUACUGAUUCUGAUAAUUCUUUAAAUUCUAUCGCUAAUAAUAAUAUCAAUGAUAAUCAAACUAUUGAUGAUAAUGACAAUGAUAACGUCAAUUGGGUAUUAUACCAAUUAUUGAUAAUAAUUAUAAUGGCAUUGACUAUAAUUAAUUCCAAAUUUUCUCAAGAUAAAAAUUAUGAAAAUUCAAUAACUGACUCAAAUAAUUUGACUAAUUCAUUCGAUGAAGAAGAAAUUUUCAAUAUUGAUACCAAAAUAGAGACAGGUAACCGUAAAAAAUCUUUCCUUUUAGAAAUUGUUAAUAAAUAUAUCAUACUAAAUUUUAAGAAAAUAAUGGAUUUUUCUUCUAACUUUCAUUUUAUUAAAAACCCAAUUAAAAUCUUAAUCCUAAUUUACUCAUUUUAUUUACUAAUUUAUUCAAGUUUAAAUAAUAGAUUUGAAGAAUUUUUUAAUGCAAUUUCAACAUUCCAAAAAAUUUUAAUAACAAUUUUAAUUUUAUAUUUUUCAAUAGAUUUAAUUAAAAAAUUAUCUUUGCCAAUUUUAUUAUCAUAUCCAAUCAAUAAUGAUAAAAUAUUUAAAAAAGACAUAAAUGAUAUUCAGAACUCUAUUGUUGAUUUAGAAAAUUUCAAGAAAAAAUUUAAAAUUGAAAAAAUAUUAAUUUCUAAAAUCAAUCUCACAUUAUGGAUAGUAUUAAUAAAAAUAAAAAUGAGAGGUGGAAGCGAUGAUGACGAGAUAAGAUUAAGAUAUGGAAUUAAUGAUAUUGUUAAAAGCGUUUUGAAAAAAAGAGGAAAUUCAGAAAGUAACUUUGAAAUUACAAUCGAUAUCGAUAGACUUUAGUUUAACAAUGUAAGAUAACUCGCAAGUAAAUAAACAACAAUAUUAAAGAUUAAAUUUGUGCUUUUAGUUUUGGUUUCAUUAAUUGUAUUUAUGUUUUUCAUUGACAUUUAUUUAUCAAUUUGUUCUCUUAUAUUUUAUAUUUUAUAUUUUAUAUUUUAUAUUUUAUGCUUUCUGCAGUUUUAUUUUCAGUUCUCUUUUUUGUUGCACAAAAGAUAAGCCCUAUAUAUUCUAGGGUUCUG